AUGACUAAAGCAAGCACUACCAAGUACUCAAACAGGCAUUUCAUUUCACGGGCUUACACGAUACUCGGAAACAUGCUUGAGCCGCAUUGCGAACACCUAUGCCGCAUACACCAGAUGCAGCAUCAAACGCCAUCCGCCUUCUACAAGCACAUCCACUCACCCUACGCAACUCCCCCCGCCACACCACCACCAGCUCUCCUUCCGCGAAAACGUCCUCCCCUGCGCAGAAACACCACUCUACCUACCCCAGAUCCAUUCACCGUAAAACGCCACCCCCUCCCCUCCAAUUCCCCACUCCUCCUCUCCAAGCCCUUGCCUCAGACACCUACCAAUUUCUCCGAUCUCUUCACGUCUACCCCCCUACUUCCAUCACCACCAUGCCCCACGCCAUCCCUCCGUCAAUCGCGCCGCGUGUGGACAUGGUCCCCUACACCUCCGCCGCGCCGCGUGCACCUUCCCCUGCCACUGAGAAAAAGGCCCGUGGUUCCGCGGCGCCAGAGCUCGAGCUCGAGCGAGGAGAUGGUGUUUCGCAGGGCGGGGACGUGGCCGGUGAGGACGACGACGCCAUCGGUGUGGCCGUCUGCUCCGCCGGCGGUGGAUUAUGGGAAUGCGAGGGAGUGCUUGAGGAUUUUGAAUGAGUAUGUUUUGGACGAGAAGGGGGAAAGUGAGGUUAAGAAGAUGUGGGAGUUCAAGCGGGGGAGGAUUGGAAAUGUGGGGGUGAGGGAGCUGGAGCUGGAGAUUGGGGAUUUGAAGGCUAGGGAGGCAAUGAUGCUAUCUGGCGAGAUGACCAAGUUGGGACUUGAGCCGGGUGAGUAG